AUGAUAUGUAAAACUAAAAAUAACAAAAGAGAUUGUGGAGUAUUUGUGAUGAGAUAUAUGGAAACAUAUAUAGGUCCAACAGAUUACAAAACUGGAUUCCCAAAAGAAGGAGCUGAAGAUGAAUUGCUCGAUUGGGUGAGAACCAGAUAUGCUUAUGCAUUGAUAAAUUCUAAAAUUAAUUUCUUGAAGGAUGAUAUCAUGGAGCUUGCUCAUGAGUACAACAAACAAGCUAAAGAGAAGAGAGAAAGCGAUCAAAGAAAAGCUUGUGCAGAAAUCCAUAAAAGGUUGAAGGACUGCCAAUGA